AUGGACUAUUAUUCGUCAGAUUUUACCGGUAAUGAUUUCAAUGAAUGGGAUUCAAGUGGAGUAACCUCUUCAACUGAUGUCAAAAUGCCUUCAAUGGAAAUCAAGAAAGAGAUAAAAGCGGAUUCUGAACAAGAAGCAAAGGCCGGCGACAAACGUUUUAAUAGAUAUUUUAAGGAUGGAGAACCACCUACGAAGAGACCCACACCAUCGAUACAACUGGGCGCCGGGUUCAAAUGGAAUUUACAGGCCCUGGCUAAAGCGGCUGAAUCCGUGGAGUUGGGGGGUAAAUCCCCGGUGUCGGCCCUCAACGAGUUAGGGGUGCGAGUCGCGUACAGCGUACUGAGACAACGUGGUCCUGCACACUGCCCUAGCUUCACUGUGGCUGUUGCGGUGGCCGAUAUGUCAUUCGAGGGUUGGGGUCACAGCAAGCGUGAGGCGAGGGCGGCAGCAGCCAAGACCUGUCUAAACGCUCUGUUGGCCCGAGCUGGACGUGUGCUUCCAAACCCUGGACCAGCCCCCGACUUCACUAGUGAUGAACCACCCAAAUAUCCUGUGUCAGAGUUUCAGUGUAUGGAAACCAAAAUUCAACCACCAGAUUCUAACAAGCCUGCGCCUGCGCCUGGUCUUUUCGGUCCAUCGCUGUCUCCGGUAAACAAAAGUCCAAUAAAUACGUUGUACGAAAACUAUCCCGGACUAACUUUCACUUGCACUUUCGGAGAUGGAACUCCUCUAGAAACAUCGCAGGCGCCAACACAAUUAAGUCACAGCAUGCGGUUCAAAGUCGUCGUUCAAAUUAAAGAUCAGAAGUUCGAAGGAUUUGGGUCGAGCAAGAAACUGGCGAAGCUGGCGGCGGCGCGCGCCGCGCUCGGGGAGCUUUGCGAGCGCAGCCUGCACCAGUUGCGGCCCAGCUCUGAUGAUGCUCUGCCUCAACUCCUGGCUGACCACAUUGCCAAAUUGGUGAAUGAGAAGUUCAAUGAUUUAAUGCGAGAUGAUUUAGUGCAUUCUAAGAGAAAAGUGCUCGCUGGCAUCGUCAUGACUGUAGAUAACAAGAUGGAGGGGGCUAAGGUGUUGGCGGUGACGACGGGUACUAAGUGCGUGAGCGGCGAGCAUAUGUCGGUGCGAGGGCUCGCCGUCAACGACUGCCAUGCAGAGGUGGCAGCACGUAGAUGUUUUCAGCGAUUUCUGUAUGCACAAUUGUUGAUGUAUGCGAAUUCACCUGACCCAACCAGCCCAAUUCCGGAGUCAGACCUGGAGCCAGUUCCGGGAGGUGGCUACCGCCUGCGCGGCGACCGGCAGCUACAUCUGUACGUUAGCACUGCACCAUGCGGGGAUGGAAGGAUCUUCAGUCCCCACGACAGACAUGAGCUGGAGCCUGAUAGACAUCCUAACAGGUUAGCACGAGGCCAGCUCCGUACUAAGAUAGAGUCCGGUGAAGGUACCAUUCCUGUGAAGAACUGCACCAAUAUCGUGCAGACCUGGGACGGAGUGUUGCAGGGGGAGCGGCUGCUGACGAUGUCGUGCUCGGACAAGGCGGCGCGCUGGUGCGUGGCGGGCCUGCAGGGCGCGCUGCUGGCGCGCCUGCUGCGCCCCGUGUACCUGCGCUCGCUCGUGCUGGGCUCGCUGCUGCACCACCACCACAUGUACAGCCUAGCAUGGUAUGGUUAUGUUAUUGGGAUGUAUGGUAUAGGCAAGCGAGUAUUAGAUAUGAAUACGAAUGAAGUGGAUGAAAUAAAGAGAAAGAGAGGGAGAAAGAGAGAGAGGGAGAAAGAGAGAGAGAGAGAAAUAAGAGGGGGAAGAAAAAUUGGGGGUGGAAUAAGAACGAUAUUGAGAACUGGAAUUCUAUGUUCGAAACAACUAUUUAAAGCUACGUAUAAACGUGAUGUAUUAAAGGAAAUUGUGUAUAUAUGCGAGAAUUUCGGUGAUGUCGAUGUGCCUGAAGAUAUAAGA